AUGGGCCGACAGUCUCUGCGAAACCCUUUCACCAUCUCCGCUCGAUCGUCGAGCAUUCAAGCCGAAACCAACUACGGCGAGAGGUCGAUAUCAAGAAUGAGAAGCCAAGAAUCAAUGAUGGCUGACCGAAGUCGGAAAGCGCAUCGGCUGCUGGGCGAUUACAAUCCAAACUCGCGAUAUCUGGACCGCGAAGGGAGUGUCAACGGGACUGUGGACUCUAGCGUGGACGAUCACUACUCCAUGGCUUCGUCCACAGUCGACCGGGAGUCAAUCACCUCGUCAGUCCCACAGCAUGAAUUGCGUGUACGAGCGUCAUCUCCGCUUCUCGGUCGUAACUAUCAUUCCAAAAACCCAACGCCAGAGGUUCCACGGAUACCGCAAUCGGGUUCGUGGGCAGAUAUCAUGAUGAGUAAACCCGACCCAUAUGCCUUCGAAACCCAGUCGCAACAUAGUCUUGCCUAUGGUGUCGUCGAAGAUAUGAAAGGAAUCCGUUUUCCAAAUCUCGCCUCAGACCACUACCAACAGCAGCAGCAACAACAACAACAACAACAACAACAGCAACAGCAACUACUACUACAACAGCAGCAGCAGCAACUACUACAGGCCCAGGAGCGUCAAAAACAAACCAAGAAAAAACGCCCCAGUCGGAUCGACCUGUCUCUUCUCUUCCCCAGACCAAAACCAGCCGCUGAGCCUCUACUCUCACCUCAACGCUUAACGAACUCGCCUUCUCCGGUCCUUUCGGAAGCCUCUAUUGCUAGGAAAGUUGCGCCGGUAAAACUGACCAAAUCCCGUUCCAGGAGCAAUAGCAGGAAAAACGGUCUCGACAAUGUCAUUCCGGAGGAGUCUCCUGCGAUGCCGAGUCAAUCACGAAAAACGGUAGAUUGGUUCGACAUUCCCGUGGAAAAGACUAUUCGUGUUGAUCAUAUGGCUUCCGACUACACCGAUGACGAAGAAAUCUCACCCAAGAUGGCUUUCCGCCCUACACCAGAAGCCCGCCAGCCGCAGCCGCAGAGACCCCCAUCUCAGAAGGAUACCAACUUUUCGCAGCCCAUGUCUAUCCGGUCAUCGCGAAGAUCGUCCUUGACGUCUGGCACGUCUCGUACAUCUCGCGGCACAUCCCGCAGCGUCGAAUCGCAAGUUAGCCCGCAACCGACCACUCAGUCCUCCGACCGAACCCGUCCCUCUCUCCAACCAUGGCAACCCCAAGGCGAUCUUCGAUCGAAGCGGUCGCAGGGGAAACUAUCUAAGAAGAGCAGCAGCAGUACUUUGAGAGCCUUUGACCUCUCCAAGACGAGCGUGCUAUCACUGUCGUCAUCCGAAGAUGAAGACGAAAGCGAAGACGCCCGGGAAGACGACGCCAAAUAUGGCGAAUCUCUCGUAAAAGGAGCUGCGCCGCCUCGAAUGAUACGGGCGAGUAUCUCGACAUACGACGGGUUCGAGCCUGAGAUUUGCACUGCCGAAGCCGUCAUUCCAACGAGAGGGCAACCCCUGACGCAAUUCAACAGAACAGCACCACUACCACUCUACAGAUCGCAUUCGAAAAUGUCAACCGACAGCUCCGACUCGCGUCGUACCGUUCGGCAGCGCUCCAAUGGUCGCAGCCGAGAUCCAUCGCUUUCCUCCGUUACUCGAUCAGCUUCGAACAGGAGGCUAGAAUCACGUGCUUCUACCAGGGUGCCAUUGAUUGAAGAGCAGGAGGAGCUUGCUGAUGUUCAUGAAGAAAAUGAAGAAAACAUCCCUAAUCUCCUUCCUGUGCCAUCUAGCAAUAGCACACAGUCUGCAGAAAAGAGACGCAGUCGGAUUAUUGCGGUUACGAGGCAGGAAGAAUCAUUGUUAGAGGCUAUGAGACAACGGAAUGGGCGGUUCACGCCUAGUAUUUUCCAUGAAGUGACAUCAACCAGUGCCGAUUCCGAUACAGACUCGAACAGCAGAGUGUCGCCAAAGCCUCGCGCGCAAGAGGCGAGCCAGCCGUCUUAUGAUACCUCAUUUCUUCGGCUAAGUACCGCUAUGUUCCCGUCCCCAGGGUCGCAGUCGGGUGGUGAAGGUGCCGUCUCCAAAGAGAAAGAAGCCUUUAUGUCUCUGAGCUCGACAUCUGAUAGCGAACAGAGAACAGAGUCUAACUCGACUGCAUCCCCCCGACUGAGCCUGGCUUUUUCCGAGACCCAAUCGUCCUCCUCGACAACCGGUCAUACCUCCCCAAUGACGCCGACGCUUCCAAUCCAUCGUUUCUCCCCCCGAGCGCCUCCGCCAUCACACGCACCUCCCCCGAUCCCAGACGCGGCGCGGCGUCAUUCGCGGCGGCGAACAGAUAGCAGCGAAGCCAUUGUUGUAGAAGACUCUGCAAAUGGCAAAGACGAAACCGAAUAUCCGCUCUGGGCGAUCAAAUGGGCUCCGGAUUCUGUCGAUCUGGCCGUUGCGCAUUAA